AUGGGCUCCCGCUGGCUGCUCAUACUGAUGCUGCUUCAGGCAGUUUGGAAAGGUGCUCUGGGAAAAUCGCAUUCACUGCACACUCGAGGAAUCAUUGAAUUGGCUGGAGCUAUAUCAUGUGGCACGGGACGGUCUCCCUUGGCAUAUAUUGGCUAUGGAUGCUACUGUGGACUGGGAGGACGAGGCUGGCCUAAAGAUAAAACAGACUGGUGCUGCCACACGCACGACUGCUGCUACGACAAGGCAGAGAAGGCAGGCUGCAGCCCCAAGGUGCAGCGCUACCAGUGGGCGUGUGAGCAGAACACCGUGCGGUGCGAUAACCUGACAGACCAGUGUGAAAAAAUGGUGUGCCUGUGUGACCAAGAAGCAGCCAAGUGUUGGGGAGCAGCCCCAUACAACCCACACUAUAUCCUCUGGCCAGAUUUUUUAUGUGGACGGACUCAUCCCACCUGCCAUGUCAGAUAUGGGGGACCAGAAUAGUCUUUUUAGGACGUUUCUUCUAACCCUUUGAAUACAAAGGUGCUGCAAUAAAAUUUUUCCUCCUUUACCAGAGC